AAUGGGCCCCCGCGUCCACCCAACUCCUUCAUGCUCUAUCGUUCCCACUUCCUUCAGAACCUCAAGAUCCCAAAAGACGUCGAAUGCAGGCAGCAGAACCUGAGCAGGAUCGCGGCUGAGUUGUGGAGAAGUUUUUCGGAGGGGGAGCGGAAUUUUUGGAAGGAGAAGGCACGGGAGAGGGCGAGGUUGCAUUUGCUCGAGAAUCCGGGCUACGUGUACCAGCCA